ACACGACACGUUACAGUUACAACAACUUCCUGUGUCGCAAGUAUGUGUGGUGGUUUGCUGGCUGUUCUGUUGUAAAUUAUUCUAUCUAUCGUUCCUAUUGGAAAAUGGUUUGAUUUCGUUCUGUCUCUCAAACUUUCCAUUACGAAGAGUAACGCAAACCCCAGAAGACUUGCACAACUAAGCAAGUCCGAAUUGACGAGUGCUUUAAAGAGAAACAAGUCAGUCAUCAGAUCAUACCAUUGCUUGCUCCACUUGUGUAAACUGCUUUUUUUGGGGGGGGAGAAAGUGCAAAAUCAAUCACCCAAAUUGUGCAAUAAAGUCAUAAAUUUGCGAAUUAUUGCAGUGAUUUAGCAAGUAAUUUGAAUUUGGAGAAAAGUGGUGAAAACUAAUUUGAAGAAUUCUGUGUAAAGUGCGGGUUCCCAAAGUGAAAGCAAAAACGCUAAGGAACAUUUGCCAGUGUCAAUUUCAAUAAAGAAACCUUGACUUGACACAGUUCACCCAAUUUUUUACAAAAACUGUGACGUAAUUUUACACAAAACUAAUUUGUUUUACAAGAAAUUGGAUAUCUACUAUUCAAUUCAUGACGAGAGUGAGGAUGAAAUUUGAUACGGUUUUAAUUAAGUUGGUGCCCGUCAUUUAAACCAAAGUCUGAGAACUUUGCAGAGCAAAAAAAGAGUUAAAAAGUCCUUGGAUUUAAUGUGCACGGUUUCGUUACACACAACGAAUUUGAUCGUCCUUGGCUUUGGUUGUCUCGCUCCGAGGAUAAAGUUGACUAAGUCAAGUUGACAUUUUGGACAGAAUUUGGACAGAAAAAAUAAGACGAUAUUUUUGUCAAGAUUUUCAUGUCCGAAAACUAUUGAAGGACUGUAAGAUCUCUGUGACACAAAUAUUGUACAUACCUCAAGUGUACAUAAAUCGUGACCGAAUAGUUAAAGCACGGCACCCAGCAACCUAUUCUCGUUUCUUUGUUCUUGUUUGUCCCCGUCAAAAAAAUCAGUCAAAAUUCCUCCGCAACCAGAACCCGUCAAAAUGUUGGGAGACGCCGAGCCCUUGGUGCAGGAGACGAUGGAGGAGAUCGAAACCGAGGGCGAGCUUCGCAAGAAGAUUGUCCGCAAGACGACCUAUCAACUGGACGAGAACUCAUCCAUGACGGCGACAAAGACGACGACAAUGACGACCCGGAAAUUGUACGGGAAGGAUUUGUCCGAGUAUGAGAAGAUGGACGUGGAUGAGCUACUCUCCCAACUGACACCGGAAGAGUUGGACAUCUUAUCGAGGGAAGUGGACCCUGAUGACGAACUUCUUCCGCCCGAUCAAAGGACAAGUUACAUGUGCGAUAAGAACCCGACCGGUCCACUGAACAGGAAACAAUUGAUUGAUCACAUUAAUAAAUUGGCCAUUGAGACCCCGGACCGUCCAGAAAUGGUUCCGUAUGUUGCUGGCACCGUACGUGGGAAAAAGUUUACUGCUCCAGAGAAACCAAAGACAAAGCAGGAGGAGGAAAUCGCCAUUGAUUUGGGUGACGAGUAUGAACAUGCAUUGACCAAGGCGUCAGAGGAAGAGUUGGUGGAUCUUGCGGCCAUCCUUGGGUUCCAUUCAAUGAUGAAUCAAGAGCAAUACAACAACGCGUUAUUGGGCAAAGAACAACCGAAACUGGGUUGGAAUGGGAUCGCUAAGGCAUAUCAACCGAAAGCAUUGCCAUUUGAGCCACCUAAUUUGACCGACGUUGAGAAAUCUAUCCAACAAGUUCGAGAUGACGAUUAUGGACUCAAUUGUCUCAAUUUUAACAAUAUCCAGAUUUCAGACCAGCAAUUCGCCAACUUGUUUGAGGGUCUUAAAUCAAACACAAAUUUAGAAUCUCUGUCUUUAUGUAACACGGGAAUGACGGACAGGACUGGGAUUUUGCUAGCCGGGGGUCUUUCCAAGAAUUCCACACUUCGUACCAUAAACGUGGAGACCAACAACUUGAGUCCGAGUUCCCUAGUGGCGAUCAUCAAAUCCUUGCUGAGUACGAAAUACGUAGAAGAAUUCAGAGCAUCCAACCAACGCCAGCAGACAUUAGGCAACAAGAUUGAGAUGGAAAUUACCAAUUUGUUAGAGCAAAAUCCAACCAUUCUCCGCGUUGGUUUGCAUCUGGAAUAUAAUGAUGCUAGAAACCGAAUUGCUUGCCAUUUACAAAGAAACCUUGAUCGAAUUCGACUAAAACGAAUCAGUGGAGAGGGUGGGGAGUCGUCCUCUUCCACGGCCAGAUCAAAAUCCAAAGCUAAAAAGUGAAUGAUUUCCAAAAAAAACUAACAGCACUUUUCUGCACGAUGAGUUUUUAUCAGAUUGGAUUCCUUCAUCAGUACCAAAAAUACAUAAUAAGUUUACACCUAAAGAAUUAUAAGAUGAACCUUUGCUGCUUAAGUUUCCAAGAGGUGAUUCAAUUUCCUCCACACCACAAUUUCCCUCAUCUCUAUAUAUCUCCGCUUCUAGUUCUACUCGACUUUGUCACAUCAAUAAUUGCAUUACUGCCAUACAUACAUCUCACUUUCUUGAGAAGUUUUAAGAACGCAGAUCGAAAAGAAUCGGUUGAUGGUUGUGUCUGUCGAAACAGUGCUCGUUCCUUUAUAUACCGUACCGUAAACCCACCCACGCCCACACCCUUCGUUCAUGUUUAGUUAUAAAUAUAUAAAAUAGAGACAAUGUACUGUUGACUACUUUUAGAAUGUGCCGUCAGUUCAGUUCAGUUUUAAAUAACUACAAAAAAAGUGACGUCUUGAUUUUCUUCGCUGUUUUAUUAAUGAUGAUCGCACACAGGUAGCCAGCAACAAUUGAAAGAAAUCUGUAUAAACACACCUUGUUUUUACAAUCCUUUUGUGCCGUCUGUCUAAUAAGGAAAUUCGAAAUUUUUUGUAUAUGUUCCGUUUUGUUACUUUAACUUCAUGUUUAAAUAAUGCAUGAGGAUGGUGGACUUAUUAUUAAUGAGGAUACAAAUAAGAAGUAUAAUAAUAUAGUUGAAAAAACCGUAAUACAUAUUAAGUAGUACUGAAUUGGGAGAUGAAGAUUUUUUUGAGGGCGGAGGAUGAACAUUAUUUAAGGAAGGAAGGAACUGAUCUCCCAAUCCAAUUUAAUUAAAAUUUAAAAUACCUGAUUUUCACACUUGUACAUACAUCAACAGAAACAUUAAAUACAACACGACUCAUUAUCAUAUCAUUAUAUAACAUCCUUCUUCUUCACAACACAGUUAAAAUGAGUUUUAGUUUUGCUACUUUUAGAGAAAUACUAAACACAAAUUAUGGAAGACUUAUAAAAUUUUAAAAUCCUAAAAACCUCAAAGUAUGUACCUUGAAAAGAUGCAGUUUAAAAAAAAUACCUAAGUUAAUACACACAUACGAAGAAAGAGGAUAGAAUGGAGGAUAGAAUGAGAAUCAACAACCACCUACACAUGUAAUCUCUCUGAUACAACGAAGCACGCCUUCAACGAACUGGUAGGGCACCUCGUUCCUGUCUUUCCGGCAUGGUCACUCUAGGACCUCCAUCAUGAUAACCGCCAAAGAAAUAAAUAAAUUCUUACACUUCCUUCCUUCUCUUCAUAUCUGGGAUGGAGUUCAAUUUCAAAUUCUAAAAAUUGCUGCAAUAUGCGAAAAUCUGGAACUAUGUAAUCAGUUAUCUCAAGCCAAGCGAUGCAACCACACACUUGUAAAAUAUUACCAAUUUGCUCUAGAAUCUACCCAUAUAGCUCAAUAUUUAAGAACAAUUUGUCAGUAGAGGAUUUUCUAAAAAAAAAGUUAGAAUGAAAUUGUGAAUUGCCUUGAAACUCAUGCUGCCAGCCAGUCCAGUUGUAAAAAAAACCUAUUGUGAUUUGUUUUCAGAAAUGUAAAUUUGUAAAAGCGGUUGAAAUUUUUAAAACAUUUUUGAAAUUGCUCUAUUUCCUAUUCAUCUUCAUCAUGCUGAGCUAGUAAGUAUUAACAAUAGUAGGAAUUAGAAAGCUAAAAGCCAUUUUACAAAAAAAGUGGUGAUUGGUACACAAAUAAAGUGGUAGAUAUUUCAUAUGCAAUGACGUAACAAAUAUGUAGGCAGCCAAUAAUGUAGAUAAGCCACAGCCAACUAACUUUAGCUCACAAUGAAUCAUUGUUAACUUGUAUUUAGACAUGCGAAACAACCUGCUGCAUGUAAAUGCGCCCCACCCACUGUAUUUGAGAGAUGGGAAAAUGAUUAUAUUAUUAGGUAAAUAGCGUAGCUACAUAUUUACUCGUUGUUAUUAGUUGACUAUGUAUACAGAUAAGCUUUAAAUUGAGUGAUACUCAAUGCAUAAAGAAAAGAAAACUGCACAGUUGUGAUUGUGACUGAGUUUGAAUGCAGAUGCAGCCAGUAAUAAGAUGUAAUAAGACUAAUUAAUCUUAAGACAUUUCAUUCAAAAAAUUAGACAUUUACUAAUUAUUACCUACUCAGUUUGCAAUUUCAACUCUUUAUGCAAUUAUAAUGAAACAUUAACGCUCACGAAAAAUAUUGUUCUGAAACUUUCUCCAAAAUUAUUUGCUGGCGGUUGUCUAAUUUGCCGUUUUAAAUCGUUAUAUAGGAUAGAAUUUUAUUUUACUUUUACUAAAUAGAUAUUAUACACAUAUAUUUACGCGCAAUAAUGGAAAUUAAUAAGGAUUCCUUUUUUUUCGGUUGUUUUAAGCAAGCUGGUUGAUAAAGUAUAUAGUAAUUUAGUCAAAGUUAUUGAAUGUUGCUGCGACUGUGUGCAAACAAGUGCACUAAAAAUAAUGUUAUUGUGGGGCGAUAUAUUUAAUAAAAUCUACUUAAUUUGGGA